GAGCCGCUAAUCACGAAGAAUGGUGCACACACGAAGCCGGGGUGCUCCUCUGGAAUCCGCAUCGACCAUCGAACAUUUCCAACCAAAACGGCGGUUUUCUCACCACUGACAGCUGUGUCACCUCCGUCGCUUUUCACCCCCAGAGGGCGUCGGUUUUGGUGGCAGGCACGGUGCACGGAGACAUCCUGCUCUGGGACAUGCAAAACGCAAGCGAUCAGUGGGCCUCGUCUCCAACAGUGAUGCAUGACAAUCACCGAGACUUGGUCAAGUGCACUGACUGGAUCGGACACGCUCAAGAAUCGAACUGCCUGCUGAGCUGUGGGUUGGACGGCCUGGUUAUCCAAUGGAGGUACGAUUCCCGAAAGAGUCACCUAGAAGCCAUCAACUACUUCUUAGUGCUUGCCGAAAACGUACGACUCCACAAACAGAUUCCCAGCGGAGCAAGCGGCGCACAUGUCGGAGUUACGUCGCUUGCCAAGAACAAUUUCGACGACGAGGUCUUCGUGAUGGGAACUGAAGGAGGCGGAGUUCUUCAGGGAUCGCUCAGUCUGUCGAGGCCGAUAGCACCCGUAGUCGAUGGACACGCGUCGCUAGAGCGCACCUACAGCUGUCCCGUCGUGGCAAGAUUCCCUCCCCACCGUGGUCACACGCUGGACGUCCACUCGUCUCCCUUCGAAAGGAAUGUGUUUGCGUCAGGAGGCAUCGACAGAGAAGUCAAGGUGUACAGCCUGCUACAGCUGGAGCCAGUGCUGAGUAUUCAACUGCCGGAAGCGGCCACGAGGGUCCGCUGGUCUCCUUCGCAGCCGGCGCUGCUGGCGGCGCUUCAGGGCGACGGCCGCCUUGGCUUCUACGACCUGCGUCGCACCACAUUUCCCAUGGCUGAGUUCGCACUGCGCGAUGAAGGUGGCGCCGGCACUAGCCUCGAGUACUGCGCGCACAGCCCAGACCUGCUCUUCGUUGGUCGCGGACCCGGCAACACGCAAGUCUGGCAGCUAGGUUCCAAGCUGGUGGCUGCAGGCGAAGUAAACCAGAGCGACGUCAUCAGGGAUGUGGCCAGUGGCACCUUUGCUUCCAAGUAGACCACGCUCCCGGGUGUACAGCUAUCACCCUAUACACAUGGCUGUACGCGCGUGUAUGGUUC